UUGCAAACAUGUUUGCACUAUUUUGAAUGAAUUCGAAUGAAAAUCUUGCACAUAUCGUCCAGACGAUUUCCACGAAUUAGUUACGGAUUCGCGUAAAUAAAUGGAAAAAAUUGGCACCCGAUUUCAAAAUUUCGGGAACACACGACAAUGAAACUAAAGACGGCGCUGGCUGCGUUGUCACGUGACCAAGUGCGUUGCGGACUAACAAGAUUGUACAUACACAACAAACAGAUGAACCGUGCGAAGGGGAACCGGUCGAAGGACCACACGAACAGUGUCAGUUCGACGGACGACACGCUCAAGGAAAAAGUCAAGACGCUGAUCGAGCUCAGUCGCAAGACCGAAGAUGAGGUCUGUUUGGCGUUGCACGAGUGCGACUAUGAUCUAAAUCGUGCGGGCGACAUGCUGUUGGAGGAGCAGGCUGUGGGAGAGUGGCAUGUGAAGAAGAAAAAACAGAGGCAGCCCCAAACCACGGCGACCGCCAACAACAACAAUAACAACAACAAAGACGGUCAGAAGGAGGAGGGCGGCGGCGACGAUUGGGGCGAAACCGUGACGGUGGAGCGCAGCAAAAAGAGCGGCGGUGACCAGCAGCACAGACGAGGCAGGGGUUGGAGAGGAAGGGACGACGGGAACAGGGGAGAGCGCGGGGACGAAGGUGGACGGGACGGACGAGACGGACGAGAGAGACGGGGCAGAGGUGGAACGGGUUCGGGUCGCGGUGGCGGCCGGGGCGGCGGCAGAGGCGGUGGUCGCGCCGGAGGCAGGUAUCCGCCGAGGAGCGGACGCGCACCGCAUUCCGGCGGAGGCGGCACCUUUUCUAAGCCCAUCGACACGUGGGACAGCUCCACGGCGACCGUCAACCACAACAACGUCGAGGAAAACUGGGACGAUUUCCCCGUUUCGGACGAGUGGCAGACGGAGGAGUACACGGGCAGUCUGACUGAAACGAAGGUGUUCACGCCCAGCGCUCAAAUUGCGGCGCAAGAGGCUCAUGCCGUGGCAGUGGCGGCAGCGGCGGUGGCGGCGGCGGCGGCAGGAACGCACGAAGAUCUCGCACAGCAGCAGGAAGCCGUGUUAGGGUCGCCCCCGCCUCCGGUCCGCAUCGGUGGAGGUACACUGAACCAGGCCCAAACUCAAUACCUGAACCAGCUGACGCAGCAGAACAGCGAUUCGCUUAACAAACAGUACCAGCAACAACAGCAACAAUCCAAUCAAUCUCAACAGCAGAGUCAGCAGCAAAGUAGCGUCGUUCAGCAGCAGCAGCAGCAGCAGCAGCAGCAGCAGCAACAGCAACAGCAACAACAAACGUACUCGCAAACGGCGGUGGGAAACAGCUAUCAGAGUUACGCGAACAGUUACGAAACUGUGACGGCACAACAGACGCAAACCAGGACGAAAACUCGGGCUAGAGUUCCGCCACCUUCAAAAAUUCCGUCUAGCGCUGUGGAAAUGCCGGACGAUCUGAACACCUCGAUCGGGUAUUUGGACGUGCAGUUCGGCGCGAUGGACUUCAUGGACAGUGCAGGUUACGACGACUCGAAGUACGUCGGAGGCGCGACGGCGACCGCUGCGGAGACGACGACUACCAGUCGAACGACGGCGUCGCCGAAUCACCAGGACGAUUACAAGAGCCAGGGCACGAUCGGAUCGGCGUUGCAACAGGCCCUCACCACCGACAACAUUCCAAAUCAACAAUCCGUGCAGAAUUCCUCGUCGUCGACGACAACAUCAUCGUCAACGAACAACGUGACAAACAGCGAACAACAACAGCAGCAGCAGCAGCAUUUGUCACCGGGCGGCUACGGCUCGCGGCAACAGUCGAAUCUCGAUCUGAACCAAAAAUCCGACGUGCAUCCCUACAGCAGUCAAUCGACCGGAUAUCAAAGCUACAACCAAAAGGGGAACGCUUACAAUUCCGGUUAUUCGAACGCGCAGACGACGUCCAGUUCGUACGCCUCGUCGACGAAUCAGCAACAGCAGCAGCAGCAGCAGCAGCAGCAACAACAGUCGAACUAUUCGAGCUCGAAUCAGGGUUACGGAACGACGACGACUUACCCGAACAGCAGUUACUCCUCGACGACGAACUACCAGAGCAACAGCGCGUCCUUCCCCGCGAUCACGCAAGCGAACGCCUACCAAAGUCAGAGCUACGGACAGAGCUAUGCGAACGCAGGUCUCUCGAACAGUUCCAAUUACGUGCAACCGUCGACGAACCAGUACCAAAACAGCAAUUACAGUUCGACGUCGAGCGGCGGCAACGCCAACAACGGUGGCGGUUCCUCGUCCACCGGAAAACUGAAGGACAACUACGAAUCGUCCGCGUCGUCCACGUCGCAAACCGCCACCAGCAGCAACGUUGCGACGUCGACGUGUUCGAAUCAAGCGGCCGUCUCCACCAACAAGACCACCACCACCACUCUGGCGACCAAGAACUCGUCCGGCGGCGUCGUCUCGAACAUUCCUCCAGGAGUCGCGCCCGUAAUGAGCACGCCCUACAUCUUGGGACAGGUUCCCUACUUCCAGCAGCCCGUCUAUUCCUUCGAGGACAUGCAACUGUUGCAACAACGUUUGCCGCACAUGACCCAGCCCUACUAUGACAUGAGUUACCAGACAAGCACGCAGACGACGUCGCUCGGAAGGGAAGCUGCGGCGGCGGCGGCGGCGGCCACGCUGGGCGGCUACUCGGACGGCCGCUACCAGCAGCGGGGUGACAGCAACCAGUCGCCGGUGCAGACGGUCGGCGGCGGAGGCCAGACGGGGGGACAGGGCAGCGGCAGCGGCCAACCGAUUCUCGCGGGGACGGCGGCACCCUAUUUCUUCGCUCCCACCGCUUUCAACGCCAUGCCCAACUACCAGUUCGGAACGAUGUACACGCAAUUGCCCGCCGCGACGAACGCCCACGCUACCCCGACCACGUCGCAGUACGCUAAACCGGCGGGUUACGGUUCCGGCUACAGCACGGCUGCAGCAGCGGCAGCGGCGGCGGCGGCCGCCGCGGCCGCCGCAUACGACGCUCUGGGCCAACCUCCGCAGCAACAGCAGCAGCAGGAAUACGGCAAAGGCGGAUACGGAAGCGGCAGCGGAGGACAGAAGAGCGGCGGAGGAAGCGGCGCCAGCGGGGACCUGUCGAUGUACGGCAAGACCCACGGCGCUCUCGGAAAAGUCAACUCGUACGACAAACAGGGAUUCCACUCGGGAACGCCGCCGCCGUUCGCGGCCGCCGCCCAGGGCGUCUACAUACCGACGAUGGCGGCCGUUCACCAUCACCACCAUCAGCAACAACAGCAACAACACAGCAUGCAGGAUCCGAGCGGCGGCGUGGGUCAGCGGUCGUCGAGCGGCGGCGUAGGCCAACAGCAGCAACAACAGCAGCAGCAAAAGGGCGGCGGCACCAAGCAGCCCUAUCAAAACUCGUACUGGAACCAGGCGUAAACGGACACGCGUCGACGAGGUGGACGGGGGUCGGCGGAUCAGGGUGGACGUCGGUCGUCGGUCGUUGCCGAUUGGUCAGACGGUGCGUUAAGUGCCGCGGGUCGGCGUGACGCCACGACCGUUUCGCCUUGUCGCACGUCUCUCUCUCCCACACUCUUCUCCUCCUUUCCCAUUGUUCUUGUUUUGAUUUCUUGAUUUAUUGAGUUUUUAAGUUAGGUUUCGCUCUCGGUUUCUCAACGUGUUUUCGUUUCGUUUCGUUUCGUUUCGUCUCGUGCUGGAAAAAAUUCAAAAUAACUAACGAGAGAGAUUGUAACUAUGUUAUAAUUAUUAUAAUAAAUGAUGAUGAUGAUGAUAAAAUGAUGAUUAUGAUGUAUAAUGAUGGAUAAUAAAUAAAAUUGUGCGAGGAACGAAAAAUUA